AUGCGUCUCUCAACAAUUUCCCUCCUUGCUCUCACUUCCUCGGUCCUCGCGGCCGAAGUGAAGAUUGAUGUAACCAGAGCUGUCGAAUGUGAGCGCAAGACUCAAAAGGGUGAUAAUAUUCAUGUUCAUUAUCGAGGAAAUCUUGAGGAAGAUGGAAAGGUUGGAAAAGAAUUCGAUGCUUCCUACAACCGUGGAUCUCCCUUGAGUUUUGUCGUCGGAAAGGGUAGUGUGAUUAAAGGAUGGGAUGAUAAUCUUCUCGAUAUGUGUAUUGGUGAAAAGAGAGUUCUUACCAUUCCUCCCGAGUUUGGUUAUGGUGACAGAGCUAUGGGUCCAAUUCCAGCCAAGAGUACAUUGAUCUUCGAAACCGAACUCAUGGGAAUUGACGGUGUCCCCAAACCCGAAACUAUUAUUGAAAAGACCUCCUCCUCAUCCGAUAAAGUCGAUAGCGCCACCGAUAGCGCAUCAUCACUUUCGGAUAAAGCUACCGAAAAAGCUACCGAAGCAGCAACAGGAGGUGUGAAAAGUGCCAUUUCCGAAGCCGCAGAGGCGGUCAAGACGGCUCUUGCUGAUUCUGAUGGUGAUGGACAGGAGCACAACGAGUUGUAGAUGAUUCAAUUGAUGGGAAUGGAAAUGGAAAUGGAAAUGCUCAAAGGUUUUUAAAACAUGGUCAUGAAGCCCCGCAUAGUAAUGGUCAUGAAUUGUGA